CAGAGAAGGAAAAAAAAAAAAAAAAAAAAAGUUUGAAAGAACUGAAAAUUAUCCGAAUUCAGAGAAGAAAGAGGUUUUGGGAGGCAAAAAGUGGAAAGCAUUCUGGCAAAAAAAAAAGGAAGCAAAAAUACUUAGCUUCUUCUUCUUCUUCUUCUGUUUCAGUUCAAGCUUGAGGCUUUGGCUUCUCUUCUUUAGGGUUCUUCAAUCUUCACGAUUGUUCAAGUUUCAGAGAAUUGAAUCCUCGGUCUUUUGACGGGUUCGGGAGUUCUCGCUCUGUACAAGCCUCCUGCGUAGAGCUUGAGAGUUGCUUGUAUGAGAUUGGUAUAGACAAAGAUGGAGAAUGCAGUGGGUGGGGAAGCCACCCCACCUAAUUCGACGGAGGGUGCACAGCUUCAGAGCAAGGAGAACGGGCAUGCAUUGAGACAUGGAAAUGACCACAUGUUCGACUACCAAGAGAUGCGUAUACCGGGUGGUGACGAAGAUCAUUCCCUGCGUAUACCAGUUGGAAGCAAUUGUCCUGAGAGCUCAAGUCAGGAGUGUUUUGUAAAACAACCGUAUGAUGGCUUAGGCUUAUAUCCAAGCGGAUCAAGGAGCAGCGGGAAUGGUGGGAGUUCACGAGUCAAUACUGCAUUCAGAGAUUAUGGUCAGAUGAGGUCAAAUGAUUUGGAGAAAGUGGAGUACCCAUCUCUGGAUGAUAUUAUGGCUCAGAGGGCAAAUAGUGAUAAUCUGGUUGAAGUUGUGGCGGAAUUGACAAAUACUGUAGAUGGAGGGGUUUCAGGCAAUUCAUAUGGAGGUAUCCGGACAAAAAUGCUUUCCAAAUCAAGAUCAGAAUUUUAUGUUAAGUCUACAUUGAAGGGUAAGGGUGUUAUUUUCAAAGGUCCAAAUCAUGAUGGCGGUCAUGUUGAAUCUAAGAACCUUAACAGUACAAAGGUUACUACUGGUGGUUCUAAGGCUACUUCUGAUUCAAUACAGAGUUUGGAUGCCAAAAUUGGUAUGCCUUCUUCCAAUGAUGUGAGCGUUGUGCCCAAACCACCAGCCUUGGAACAUGAUGAAAUCAGUUUAAGAGAAUGGCUGAGAAUUGGACGUCCUAAUAAAGUCAAUAAAGUUGAGUGUCUGUAUGUAUUCAAACAAAUUGCAAAUCUCGUGGAUCAUUUUCACUCUCAAGGAGUUGCUUUGCAAGAAUUGCGCCCUUCUUUUUUUAAGGUGUCACCUUCAAAUGAGGUCAAGUAUGUUGGCUUACCAAUCCCAAAAGAGAUAUUAGAAAGUUCUAUGGAUCAAGGUAUCUGUCAUUCAGAAAAUAGUCCAAUGAGAAAAAUGUCAGGUGAGCAAGAAUUUGCUUCUGUUGGUUCCAGUGCAAAGAAGCAAAAGAUCAGCCAGAACACUAGAUUAGUUAGGCAAUGGCCUCAGUUCCCCACUAGUUCCCGUUUCCAACGUGAAACUAGGAAUACUAGCCACAUCAACAUCAAUGGUCUGCAAAAUAGAAGUCCUCAUAUGUAUAAUGCAGCUCAACAACACUUGACUUCAAUCACUGAGCAAUUGGAAGAAAAGUGGUAUAUUAGUCCUGAAGAACUCAAUGAAGGGAGCUGUACAGUUUUCUCAAAUAUCUACAGUCUGGGCGUUCUUCUUUUUGAGUUGCUGGCCCGUUUUGACUCAAAUAGUGCCGUUGUCUCAGCAAUGUUCAGUCUGCGUCAUAGAAUUCUUCCUCCGAAUUUUCUGUCAGAAAACGCUAAAGAGGCUGGAUUUUGUCUUUGGUUACUUCAUCCUGAACCGUCUUCACGUCCAACAACAAGGGAAAUUCUACAAUCAGAAGUAGUUAAUGGAUUACAGGAGAUGUGUGAAGAGAAAGUGGCAUCAUCUGUGGUCGAAGAGGAUGCUGAAUUGGAACUAUUAUCCCAUUUCCUCACGUCACUGAAAGAAAAGAAGCAGAAGGAUGCCUCCAAGUUGAUGGCAAGCAUUAGGGUUUUAGAAGCAGAUGCUGAAGAAGCUGAGAGGAGGCACUAUUCAAGAAAUCCCGACUGGUACAAAGAGUCCCUCGGUGGAUGGAAAAACGCAUGUAAAGAAGCUUCAAGAUCAGAGGUGCUUUCUCCGUUACCCCCUCUUCCUAGUUCAAAUGAGUCAAGGUUGACGAGGAAUGUUGAUCAGCUUGAGAGUGCUUACUUCUCUAUGAGAUCUAUGAUUCAGCCUCCUGAAGCUGAUUGUAAUAUACGCAUGGAUAAAGAGUUAUUAAAAUCUCGCAAGAAUUGGUAUUUGGAAUCAGAUGAUGACGAAAAGAAGACUCCUACUGAUCAAUUGGGAGCUAUCUUUGAUGGUUUAUGCAAGUAUGAUCGGUACAGUAAGUUUGAAGUAUGUGGAGUACUAAGAAAUGGAGAUUUCAACAGUAACUCAAAUUUGAUUUGCUCUUUGAGUUUUGAUCGAGAUGAGGACUACAUCGCUUCUGCUGGGGUUUCAAAGAAAAUAAAGAUUUAUGAGUUCAAUGCACUUUUCAAUGAUUCUGUUGAUAUUCAUUAUCCAUCGAUUGAGAUGUCAAAUGAAUCAAAGAUUAGCUGUAUUUGCUGGAACAACUACAUAAAAAACUAUCUCACUUCAACUGAUUAUGAAGGUGUAGUGAAGUUGUGGGAUGUCAGCACUGGUCAAGAGUUUGCUCAAUACAAAGGGCAUGAACAAAAGGCUUGGUCUGUUGACUUCUCUCAAGUAGAUCCUACAAAAUUAGCCAGCGGGAGUGAUGACGGUUCUGUGAAACUCUGGAGCAUUAAUGAGAAAAACUGUUUAGGCACCAUCAGAAACAGAAACAUUGCAAAUGUAUGCUGUGUACAGUUCUCUGCUCACUCCACUAAUUUGCUGGCCUUUGGGUCUGCGGACUACAACACAUAUUGCUAUGAUAUUCGUAAUGCUAGAACGCCCUGGUGUGUAUUGGUUGGUCACCAAAAAAGCGUAAGCUAUGUCAAAUUCUUGGACUCUGAGACCCUUGUUUCUGCAUCCACUGACAACACAUUAAAGCUAUGGGAUCUCAACAAAACCACUGCCUGUGGUCCACCCACCAAUGCUUGCAGCUUAACCCUCAGUGGGCAUACCAAUGAGAAGAACUUUGUGGGCUUAUCCGUUUCUAAUGGUUAUAUAGCAUGCGGUUCAGAAACAAAUGAGGUCUAUGCUUAUUAUAGAUCUCUGCCUAUGCCGAUCACUUCAUACAAAUUUGGCUCCAUUGAUCCUAUAACCGGAAAGGAGACUGAUGAUAUUAAUGGAUCAUUUGUUUCAAGUGUCUGCUGGAGACAGAAAUCAAACAUGGUGGUUGCCGCCAAUUCAAGCGGGUGCAUAAAAGUGUUGCAGAUUGUUUGAGGAAAAGGUAACCCUCUUGACAUCAAUCAAGAAGUCGCUGUUCUUUCCAAAACUUCUUAAUGGCAUGUGAAUCUGCUAGUUUUCUUCUAGAGGCAUAUUCUAAGGUUGAGACAGUAAGUUCAUACAACAUGGAGAAACUCGAAGAACUUUCCACAGAAAGACUGAAUCCUAGUAUAUGUCUAAUUAUAGCCAUCCGUGUGAGAUAGAAGGGUCCCCAAACAACUAACAUAGUAGUGGUGCAGCAUUUCUGCCUUCAACAUCAGAAGGACGACUAGCUGGUUGUGAAAAUUAUUGAAUCUUCAAGUCUUACUGUGGUGCCAGCACAAGAACUGACCAACUUUAAACUGCUUUCCUGUCCAAAUAAGUAAGGGAAGCUUGAGGACUGGUUUGUAACAUUCGGCUUUAAGAUUUUAAAAUGAUAGCAGUCAGUCCAUGCCGGUUACAUAUGGAAAUCAAAAUUUUGGAACAACAGUGUCGAUCAUCUAGUGACUGAAUCUGUAUAUUGUGGUGCAAGUUUGUGGUUCAUCCCAAGCAUUUAUUCCUCCAAAAAAAAAAAAAAAUCAGUUGUACUAUGCAGGAAUGAUGUUAGCAAGUCAUAUAUAAGUCAGUUGUAUUAAGUAAGCCGUUUGUUUAGAAAACAACUACAAAGUAUUUGUAACCCUCUAGGAUUGGUGUUGAGUUGUAUUCAGUGUAUAGUGUAGAACAGAUAGAUCAGCUCUUGUAAAUGUUCAGGGCUUAGAUUUAUAUGACAACUAUGUUUUUUGGAGACCACACAGUGAGAUGUGGAUUUACCUGAUUCUCAUAUCUUUCCGCUCAACUUUAUUCAGAGCCAGGCAUUAUAUUUCAGAUUUAUUUCUUUCUUUC